ACUCAAACAAAUCAGUUCAGUUUUAUUCCCAGCGUUUUCGGUUACAAGUGCAUUAUAGUUUCUUAGUACGUCGAAAUGAAUAUUCGAUCGUAUGAUGUAGGCAGUCGUCAGCAAAACCGAUAUUGGUAUCCACAGUUGUCAUCUUCUUACAAAUUCUCCCAAUCAAAACUACGAUAUCUGGUGGUGAUUGAUUUCGAAGCCACAUGUUGGCCAAAAGUUGCUAGAGCUAUGCGUAAAAAUCAAGAAAUCAUAGAAUUUCCAGCCGUGCUGCUAAAUUUAAACACCGGCCACCUCGAGGAAAAAUUUCAGCAGUACGUGAAACCGGAAGAAAAUCCUCAACUUAGUCGAUACUGCAUUGAUCUAACCGGAAUCGGGCAGGAUCAAGUAAAUGCAGGUGUUCCGCUUACCACCUGCUUGCUGCUGUUCGACAAAUGGCUCAACCAAAUCUUGCCAAAACGAGGCUUGGUGCUUCCCAAAAGCAACCAGAAAAAUCCGGCAGUGAACGUUGCGUUUGCCACGUGGAGCGAUUGGGACUUGGGGGCAUGUUUGAACAACGAAUGCUGGCGAAAAGCGAUCAAUAAACCAGCUUACUUUGGUCAAUGGAUUGAUAUUUUUUACCAUCGGCAGUCGAGUUUCCCGGAAGCAUUAGCCCAGAGGGGUCUACAAUUCGAAGGUAAAGAACACUGUGGACUUGACGAUGCAAAAAAUCUGGCCCGGCUGAUAAUGCGGAUGGGCCAAGAUGGUGCCCUACCCUUCUUGGGAUGA